UUUCAAGUGGGACACACACACACUCACUUGGAGUGUUUUGUCGGUGAUCACCACAUCUUUCCAAACAAAAUGCAUAUCAACAAUUGAAUAUUUUGACUUUCACACUCUAUUAGAUCUCACAUAACAUAACCCCUUCACAGAUAAAAGAACAAACAGCGAUUGAAACACAGAGAUCUACCUAACAAUGACAAGAAGAUCUGGGUCAUGUUUAAGGUGUUGUCUGGUGAUUUUCGCUGUGAUUUCAGCACUCUGUGUAUCUGGGCCUGCUCUUUAUUGGAGGAUCAAAAAGGGUUUUAAUUUGAAAUCAAGUUCUUCAAUUUCUUGUAGCCCAUGUGUCUGUGAUUGUCCCCCUCCUCUCUCACUUCUCAAGCUUGCUCCUGGCUUGGCCAAUCUUACAGUUACAGAUUGUGGGAAAGAUGAUCCAGAUUUGAAAGAAGAAAUGGAAAAACAGUUUACCGAUCUACUAUCAGAAGAACUUAAACUGCUAGAAACGGUUAACGAAGAACACAUGCGCCAUAUGAAUAUCACAUUUGGUGAAGCAAGACGAGUAGCAGCGCAAUACCAACAAGAGGCUGAAAAAUGCAACACCGCUACCGAAACAUGUGAGCAAGCAAGAGAGCAAGCCGAAGCGUUGACAAGACAAGAGAAAAAGAUAACUUUGUUAUGGGAAAGAAGAGCUAGACAACUCGGUUGGGAAGGCGAAUAAUAUCGUUACCAAUUUUUUCGGGUUUCUUGAUUGUUACCGGUAUUGUACUUUGUGAUUUAUAUAGCUACUUUACAGUAAUUUUGUUAUCAAGGGAGCCAAUUUUGCCCUUGAGUUAUUAUAUAAGUUGCAUGAUUGAAAUUUGAAAUGUUACCUUCAGGUUUAUUGUUAUGUGGUAUGGACUUGAUUUAAAGAUCUUGAUAUUUAGGGGUG